UUUGAUGCCUAUCUUCAGGAGAAAGGCGUUCAAAAUCCCACGACAGCCGAGGAAUUGGCGAGUAUUUUGAGAACAUUUUACACCGAGGCGAGGAGAAGAGAUGGAAAUUUAUAUACUAAAGCUUCGCUUGCUGACAUCAGAUGUGGACUGAUGAGACACUUUAAGCAAGAACUUAAUGUCGACAUUACAAAGGACGUGGAGUUUUGCGAAGCCAACCGAGUUUAUGAAACAAAAUGCGCAGAAUUGAAGAAACACUUUGGAUUUGAGAGAGGACCUUCAAGACUUCCUUCAAUUGCCGACGAAGACAUAAAGAAGUUAUACCUUAGCGGUAUCUUCAGCACAAAAAAUCCCACAACUCUACAAAACAAGGUAUUCUUUGAAAUAAUGCUGUUUUUUUUCUGUCCUCGUGGCUCGCAACUUAACCUGCGCCGACUUAAAAAGAAUGACUUUGAAGUUAAAAUCAACUCGCAAGGCAAACGUUGUGUAGUGAAAACAACUGAUCACAGAGCAGACAACCUUCAAGCUGGAGAGGAACGGAUAAUGAUAGCAAUCGAUAGUCCCUUUUGCCCCGUUUUUUCCUUUGAAAAAUAUUUGAGUCACUUGAAUCCAUUCAAUGAGUUCCUGUUUCAGCGUCCAAAGUCAUGUGGUGACGGGCUAGUUUGGUAUGACAACAUGGCUGUCGGUGAGAACACUCUGAAAAAGAAGAUGCAAGUUAUCUCACAACAAGCGGAUUUGUCAACAAUAUACUCAAAUUAUUCAAUAAAGUUGAUGACUAGUACUAUGCUUGACCUGCCAGUGAGUGACCAAAGAAAUGAGAGCAGCAACAGCAAAACAGAUUUCACAUUCACAUGAACAUCGAGGCGAUCACGUUUCACGAAAUCGAAUGAUCAUUGAAGAUCUAGGUUUUCAUGGCCCUCUUAACCUGCUUUGGACUCCUUCACAGUAUUUCUUUGCGUCAUCACGCAAUGCUCCUGGUCAAUGUGGUUAGAUUCUUAGCAGCUGUUUGUGGAAACAGGCAUUGUUUGAUAACCCAAAAAAGUGACUGCACAGGAGACUAAACCUUCUUGGAACAUUCGUAUUAUUGACUGCUAGGAUGACUACAGAAUUGGUGCUUGCAGUUUAUCUCCACUUCCAAACUGUCAUUAUCAAGAGAAACCAGUCGUUUCGAUACAAAUUUGUUUUGAUACAAGUCAUUUCUAUACGAACUCAAGCAUUGAAAUUGCUCAAAAAAUGUAAUCACUUCAAGUACAGUUUGCGCCUGAACAAGAAAAACAUUUCGGGAGAUUAUUCUUCAUUCUUUGAGUCAAGUGCGCGAAACUAUUUACAACUCGAUUGAACAAAUUUUUAUCAAACAAAUUGUACCGAAACGACUCUUUAUUGCAACCACUGUAUUCCUUAUCAAGUCAACAAUGUUUAUACUCAUGGAGCCUUUGGCUUGUCAGGCUUUCCACUUGACCUGUCCGGGAGGAAUGUGUCACAUGCUUAAGGGAUGUGUUUUUAGGUUGCAACAAGCUCUUGGGUUCCGCGUGAUGAGAAAUUUUGCCAGAUACUGUGCUCUGAAUAGAUAUGUAAAAUAAUGUUCAAUAAUAACAUGAUGUUACUGUUACUGUAGUUUCAGAAAUAUUUGUCUUGCAGAACAUCACAAAAGCUUGGGGAAUGGAAUGGCCAGCAGUGUAAGAUGAAAGGGGAAAAAAACAAGAGAAAAAAAGAACCAAGAAAUAAUAAAAAAAGGGGAAGAAAAAAUGUAACUUCACCUGGAAAUCAGGGAUGAAAUGCACUAUUUGGUGGUAAAAAAUCAAACCUGUCCACAACAUUGUCUCAAGUUGAGCACUUGGCUUGCUUUUGAUGCCAAUGGCAAAUAAAAGCUCCCAAUGUUUGAGUAUUUGGUUAUUUUCUUAGCGUGAGUACAUGCCUCCUCUCAAAAAAAAGGUACGCAUGCUACAUCUUUCUUGAUUUGUAAAAUUCCUUAAAUCAUACAAAAGCCAAAUACAAUACAGUAAAAGCCUGUGACUAAGAACCAGCAUUUUCCCAAGUUAGCGUAAACAAGCUCUUACGUAAAUGGUAAUUAGCACACACUUAGGCUAUUGAGGUUCUCAAAUACAUGCCGGUUCUUAUUUUCUGAAAAAAAAAAAACAUGAUGGCUAAGAGUAUUUAUUUUCAAAACAUUUCACUGUUCCUUGGCAGUUUCUAGGCUGUUUCAGGCAUUUAGUAGACUGCUCCGGGCAUUCAGAUAGUAAAGAAAUGGUGAGGCAAAGUUUGUUGUCAGUGCAGAAGCUAUUCACAUGACUGAAAAGCUCCCUUCACUUAUGAUUGUUAUUGCAGUUGGGAAAGGGGGUAAAUCUACAGCACUCAACUUUAUUUUACACAGCAUAAGCUACGAUGGCAUCGCUGGCACUGAACAGGUUUGAAGAAAUAUUCGAAACGGGAAAUACUAUGGGUGCAAGAAAGAGUGGAGUAUGGAUCUCAGACGUGCAAAUCAAUGGUGAAAACGACAGAUGGCAAAGUCUAAUCAUAUUGGACGUGGAAGGUACAGAUCUCAGGCCUAUUCCGGGACCUUAAGUCGCCUAAAAUUGCCUUAGGUUGCCUGUAGUUGUCUUAAGUCACUUUAAAUCAUUAUAAUCUUUAUGAGGUUCAAAUUGCCUCUUAGUUAUUAAUUUCCUAAGUAGUUUUCUCUUUCCAGAAUGCAUGACUUCUCAUAAAGUGUGUAAUAACCCAUGUUCAAUAAUAUUAGUGACAGACCCACCCCACCCCCCCCCCCCCAAAAAACUCCCACAGUGACUUAAGACCAUAUUAUUCAUUCAAAAUAUUUCUCCAUUUCUGAUUGGUUAAAAGCACAUGCAUAAUUCACCAUAACCAACUAUUGAUGACCAAAUUUGGAAGAAUUUUGCAGUUAAUCAACCAAUGAUAUCAAAAGUGCAGCACAGCUGCAGGUUAAUGCACUGUUAACCGAGAAGACCUGGGGAUGAGGUUGAGUUGUUUUGGUUGUGAAAACUAAAAUGGCGAAUAUUUCACUCGUUUUAGGGACCAGGCAAAAUAAUGGCCAAAAACAUGGCAAGAACAGCAAGAAGACAACUCGAAGGGCGAGAUCUGCUAUUUGGGGAACAUUUGUGGAGCUAAACAACCCUAAACGUGCACUAUCGAAGAUGAACUGAACGUUGAUGGAGGUAAGCAUCUUUUAGCUAUGUUUUUAAACUAGGAAUUAUUUUGAACGAAUAAUAAAACAAUUACUGAAUUCGGCUUUCAUAUCAUAUGAAGAAUUAUGGAGAUCUUGGGGGGUGUUAUCUAGCCUGCUUGAUCUCCAUAAUUCUCCAGAUGAUACUCAGCCUCAUUCAUUAAUUGUUAA